CCUCUCAUUUUUCCAGCUCUUUUGUUAGUUUCCGAAAAGUGUUAUCUAAUUUUCGUUUUAAAAUUACGGUUUUAUGUAUUUAAGAAGUUUUAGAAGUUCUAUUACAUAUUAAAAUCCUAUUUUCGAUUACCUUCUAUUAAAAAGAAAGCACUUGCCAUGAAUUGAAUUUCCGCGGUCUAUCAGCACACGGAAUUCGGGUUAAGGACGUCCUUUGAAAAGUUGUAGUUGGUUGUGGCUUAGCUCCAGCCUUGGCUUCUCAGCGGGUCUUCCACGGCUAGGAGAGCGGAAUGUUUUCCACUUAGCACUGCUCUGCGGGAAUGCUCUUCUGGGGUUCAGGCUCCAACGUAAAUUGAAGCUAAUGUGACAGAUAUAUAAGCACUACCCGUGCUAAUCAACUAGAAUUCACUGAAGAGAGAACGCAAAUAAGUAAACAAACAAAUGGUUUUAAUCAUCUCGAAUCUCUCGUAUUUCGUAUCUUUUCGUACAACGCGGCGUAUGGGUGUUAUUUUGAAAACAACUCAGCUGAUUUUCAUUUCGCCGCAGAAGAAAAACAGCUGUUCCGUUGACUUUGCUCUCUCUCUCUCUCUUUGUAUCGCUCUCUCGCAAUUGUUAAUCAUAAUUUUAAAUAGACAAUAAUCGUUUGUUUUGAUUUCGAGCUUCCAAUUUGCGAGCGUGCGCGAGUUGCUCAUUUUUUGUUGUUGAUUUUUAUUCGAUUUUUUUUUGUUUUGUAUUCUGCUGCCAUUGACGUCGCUCGCUGAGCGGCCCGUCCGUCCGUUUUUUUUCGGUUCGUUUUCGCCGCAGUCGAAAUUCGUCGUCGUUGCCGCCGUUUGCCUCGCAUUUUGCACUUUAGCGGUCCGCUCGAAAUUUUUAUUUUGGAUUUAACGUGUGUGCUACUCGUCUAUAUAUACCACUAUAUAUAAUAUCCGUCUAUAUGUAAGACCAUAUCGAAAUCGGUUCUAUCGGUCCCACACAAAUAAUUAUAUUCAAAUUGCCAACGUAAUUUGACAUCGCCCAAUAAAUAAACAAAUAAAAACGCCGUACAAGUUUCGUUUUGGAUUUCAAAAUGCUGAGCUCAUUAUUUCUACCUAAUUAGCAUAAAAAUCGUAAAAGCUCUAAAAGCAGCUGUAAAUAAUCAUAAAAAAAAAACAAAAUAAUAUGUUUGUAUCAUAGAAAAAUGAGUGUUAUUCGAUUAUCAGUGGUCCCCUAGUAAUUUCUAGUGAAAUAAACCUGAAUAGUGACCCAGUGACACAUUUGCAAUCACCUUAUCAUCAGCAGCCCUCGUUUUCAAUCGAAUCUAAUACAAUCUCUAACAGUGCUCUAAACAAUUGGGACUAACAAUUAAUAAAUAAAUAAUUUGUGGAUUGUGUGGGAGCAUUGAAUCACGUGCCUCUAAUUGUUCGCGUUAAUUAUCGUUAAAUACAGUCGCUUGCUAUCGCAUUUAGUUUUUACUAGUCGGGCAGUACAAUUGUAAAUCUGCCCGAAUAUCAUUUUCCCAGCUGUGAUUCCUUUACAAAUUUAUGCUCCACUUUCAUGUUAUGGAAUUUUCAAUGGACUCCAAAAAAACUAAAAGGCACAAAUCAAAACCCAAAUGAGCAGCACCUGAACGAUCCGGCUGGCUCGCCCUCCACCGCCAGUCCCAACAACAGCAACACCGCAACCGCCGCAACAGCAGCAGCAGCAGCAACAACAGCAACUGGGACUGCUGCGAUUGGAGGAGCGAGCGGAGGCGUAGUGGGUGUGGGCGUGGUGACACCAACAAAGAGCCCCCAGCGUAACGCUUUCCAGGAAGAUGCUUAUCAAGCAAACUUGGCUGGCGGCGAUAGCGUCGAUAACGUGGAAUCAGCUCAAUUGGAAGGCAAUCCGAGUGGUGGAUCGCCCGGCCAGCGUCACUCGAUAAACUCAGCGGAGUAUACAUCCACGCCGAAGACCACUCGGAAUGGUCCGAGUAGCACAACAGCCAGUGGGACAACAUCGCCUAUUAAUUACCAGCUGCCCGGCGAUGACUACCCGUAUGGGAUAGAGUAUGAGUCACAGCAACUGCAAUACCAACAGCAGCAGCAACUACAGCCCCAACAGCAGCACCAUUUGCCAGUAAGCGGCGGAGUGGAGCAAUCGCCAGCGAUUACCUACCAAAGUUUGCCGGCCAGUCGCCAGAGUUACGCUUCACCGCCAGCUUUGGUCAUUCCACAGCGGCAAUCACUGCUUCCCUGGGGUGCUCAUUCAAGAAGUUCGAUUAUCAACGUCUUGCCCAGUUACACACAGGCCGAGAUGCAUGCCUUGGCCGCCAGCAUGGCCAGUGUAGAGAUCUCAGCUCCACGGCCUGGAGAGAUUGUGAUGCGAAACCUUUUCAGUGAUUUUACCGCACAGGCUGAGAAAAAGAUUGAACUGGUGAUGUUGGAGAGUGCCGACAAGAAUCUAUCGAAGCUGCUGCAGCGUGGUGAGGAUCAGCAAUUUGAUCAGUUGCUAUCAGCUUUGGGUUCUGUUGCCGAGCACUGCCUGCCAUCGUUGCUGCACACUUUACUAGCCUGGCAUCGGCGACAGUUGUCCGACAUGGAGAUCAAAAACGAUCUGAAGAAACCGGCUCCGAGUGGCAGUAGCAACUCGCAGGCGGGUAGCAACAAACCCACAGUGGAUCUUGACUUUCAGCUACAGCGACGGGAAGCAGCUGUGGAGUUUAUUUUCUGUUUGGCACUCAUUGAGAUACUCAAGCAGCUGCCCUAUCAUCCGGGACACGAGGAUCUGGUGCGCAGCAUCGAGAAUCUGGCUUUCAAGCACUUUAAGUAUAAGGAUGGCUUGCAAAAUAAUCCAAAUGCGAUUAAUAUCCACAUGAUUGCCGACCUGUACGCAGAGGUCAUUGGCGUAUUGGCUCAAAGCCGAUUUUCCUCGGUACGCAAGCGCUUCAUGAGCGAACUGAAGGAGCUGCGCGGCAAGGAGGUAUCGCCCACAACCACCCAAAGCAUCAUCAGUCUGCUGAUGGGCAUGAAAUUCUUUAGGGUCAAGAUGGUGCCCAUUGAGGAGUUUGAGGCCUCCUUUCAGUUUAUGCACGAGUGUGGUCAGUAUUUCUUGGAGGUGAAGGAUAAGGAUAUCAAGCAUGCAUUGGCUGGACUUUUUGUGGAGAUCCUGGUGCCUGUGGCAGCGGCCGUCAAAAACGAGGUAAAUGUUCCUUGCGUAAAGAACUUUGUGGAGCUGCUUUAUGUGCAGACAUUGGACGCCUCAACAAAGUCAAAACAUCGUUUGGCUCUGUUCCCGCUGGUCACCUGCUUGCUCUGCGUCUCGCAGAAAACAUUCUUCCUGACAAACUGGCACUACUUCCUGGCCAUGUGUCUGAGUAAUCUGAAAAACCGCGAUGCCAAAAUGAGUCGCGUGGCCUUGGAGUCCCUGUUCCGCCUACUUUGGGUCUACAUGAUCCGCAUUAAGUGCGAGUCUAACUCAGCCACACACUCCCGCCUACAGAGUAUUGUGAAUUCCUUAUUCCCCAAGGGUUCCAAAGGAGUUGUUCCCCGCGACACGCCGCUGAACAUUUUUGUAAAGAUCAUCCAGUUCAUCGCUCAAGAGCGGCUGGACUUUGCCAUGCGCGAAAUCGUCUACGAUCUGCUGUGCGUAGGACGUUCGAUCAAGCUGAUCCUCAACCCAGAACGCAUGAGCAUCGGACUGCGAGCCUUCUUGGUCGUUGCCGACUCGCUGCAGCAAAAGGCCGGCGAACCUCCGAUGCCCAGGACAGUUCCCGCCCUGCCAUCGGGUAACACCCUCCGCGUAAAGAAGACGUACAUCAACAAGAUGUUAACGGAUGACACCGCCAGAAGUAUAGGAAUGUCUACGUACUUUCCUCAUGUCCGUAGGGUUUUUGUGGACAUUUUGAGAGCAUUGGAUGUUCACUAUGGUCGUCCACUGAUGAUGACAAACACACAGAACCAGAACAAGGAGCCAGAUGAGAUGCUUUCUGGUGAAAGGAAGCCACGCAUAGAUCUCUUCCGAACAUGCGUUGCCGCAGUGCCACGACUGAUACCCGAUACAAUGACCGCUCACGAGCUUGUAGACUUGCUCUCCAGAUUGUCCGUUCAUAUGGACGAGGAGCUGCGAAUUCUAACCCACCAGUCGCUUACGACUUUGGUCAUAGAUUUCCCGGAUUGGCGUCAGGAUGUCGUGCACGGUUAUACUCAGUUUCUGGUGCGCGACGUUACUGACACCUAUCCUCAGCUGCUGGAGAACUGCACUCGCAUCCUAUUUAAUUUCCUGAAUAUCUGGCGGUGUGCAAUUAACGUAAAUGGUAUUAAUACCACAAGUGCUCCGACUGGAGGAUCAAAUGUGACUAAUGCUGCCCAACCUAAAGUCACUACCGUUACGGCCACAGCCACAGUGGUACAGGCUACUGUCGUGCAGGUUACAACUGCCCCAGCCAGGGAUACCGCCAACAGUCAGUUGUCCAAGCAGCAGCACCUGAAUACGGCCAGCAGUGCUGCCUCAAGCAUCACGACCUCAAGCGAAAUGUCAAGCAUCACCCAGCACACUGUGCUUAACAUGGCUAGCGAUGUGACCAAGAAGAACGAGACACCGCUGGCCACCACUCUUCAUUUCGUUGAGGGUUUUGCUUUGGUGCUACUCUGCAACUAUCGGCCAUAUCUGCGCAAGUUGGCCGCCAUGAUUCUCAAGGAGGUGAAGAACCUAAUGCGGGCUUUGGGCAUCCCAGAAACGGAGCCCCCACUCAUCGAUGUCAUGGAUCGCUGUGUGCCGACCAUAAUUGAGAAGUGCUUGCCACUGCUGCCGCAGGCAGAGAAAACCGCGAUUCUCAACGCCAAUUGCAUAGACCUACAAUGGAUUGCAGAAAGAUCUAGUGGUGUGUGGCUGGCAGGGUUAACAGAUGACAAUUCGAAGUCCUCCACCUCUACGCUCAACCUAUCGCAGUCAAGUUCAACGGCGAAUGCUUCGGCCACGGUGGCCACCACUCCACAACCUCCAUUCGAUCCCUGGGCCACCUGUUUGUUUGGUUUGUUGGAACGGCAUCGCAUCCUGCAGCAGUGUCCAUCGGCAGUGGCACAGGCCUGGCCAAUUUGUUUCACCCGUCUGAAUGCACUGCACAGCGUCAUAGAUCCCACCCCCGUGAGUGACAAUCGAGCUUCAUUGCUGCGAAGCUCGGCGCCCACCAAAAAAGUGCCCACCGAGAGCCAGAAGGAUUCGUACUUGCGUCUUUGGAGGAAUCAGGUGGCCUGUGCCAUGCGAUUGGUUCCUCAAAUCCCAAGCGUAGCCGUUCGUUGUGCCUCUCCAGAUUUGAGUUUGAGUUUACAAGAUCAGUCGGACUCGCGUUCGCUGUCCGAUUCCCUGGACAAUAUACCAUCCAAUGUGUUUGGGCCCGAGGGAAUCGUCACGCGUUUCACGCUGCCACUCUCCUAUGGACGCAAAGAGGCACGCCAAAAGCGACUUGGCUCAUCGCCGGACUCCCUUAACGCCGAUCGUAGUGACAAAUCAGCGAUGGGCAGCGCCUCGCCACAUGCCCUCUACAAACUGGUUGUGCCCCUGCUACGGUGCGAGGUUGUGGAUGUGCGAGAUGCCGCCGUGAAUGCCCUGGGCCUUAUAAACCACGAUGCGCUCAAGGAUUUGAUGGAGGAGCUGGUGGUGUACAUCCGUGAGGCGGUGGAUCGCAAGCAGGAAAACAUGCGCAGGAGGCGGAGACGGGAUGCUUUGCGCCUGCAGGUUGUUCGAGUGCUGGAAAAGAUUGCCGAAAACGGUACCUUCGGUGUGAGCACCUGUGUGCUGGAACGCGACACUAUGUCGUUGCAUCCCACAUUCGUGGAGUACAUCGAGGGCGCCAUGGCCUAUCUAACGUCAGAGACGGACAAGGAUAAUCUGAGUAUUCGCGAGGUGAAGGCGCACUUUUGCAAUUUCAUACGAAAGAUGAUUAAGAACUUCUCACUCGAAGCCUGUGCCACGCUGCUGUCUCGGGUCCUCAAGCGUAAUCUUUUCAAUUUGUUUGCCGCAUGGUGUGGCAGCUUCUCCAAGCCACUAGGCAUAACCGUACAGAUUGGCCAGACUCUCGAGGAAGAAAAGCUGCAGUUCAGCGCCCUGCAGGCCAUGUCCGCCCUACUCUGCUGCGGUCACAUCUUCUAUACACCUCAUCUGCAAGAUGAAGGCAUCAUAUACAAGUGGCUGGAUCUGCUGCUGACCUCCAAGGACGAAAAGAUUUACCAACUGGCUCGGGAUACAGUGGUGUUGCUGCUAGAAUCAAAUCCGGAUAUGGGACAACUUCUGGAGUGGGUCAUAGAUCGGUGCUAUACGUCGACACCUCGUGAGGCAGACGCCUGUUUCCUGGCUCUGGCCUCGAUCUUCAGCGCCAAAGAAUACCCGUGCGACCAUUAUACAUCCGUGAUAACCGUGACCCUGCUGAUGACGGGGUGUCCCCGAGUAGAGGUGCAUGCAACGGCUUUGCAACUGUUGCAGAUCCUGGACAAGCGAUUCUUUGGCAGCGUGGUUGGCACACUUCACAGCGACAACGAGAAAGAGGAUGACAAGGUCGGCACCUUGGAUGUCUUGCUUAGCAGUGCUUACUGCCGAUCCCAGCGCUUCCUGUCCAAGCAAUUGGCUCAGCUGCGACCCGAGCUUACCAUGUCCAUCUUUUCGGAAAUCACCCAUCGCUUCCAAAGCGCCCGGGAGGAUGUGCGAGCUCUGCUGCUGCAGUGCCUCCUGCCCUGGCUGCAGAACAUGGAACUGGUGGCAACCAGUGUGCCGCCCGCCACCCCAUUGUCCUACAUUAUGUAUUUUCCGGAUUCGGGGACACGAGGUCGACGAGAGGGAACCGGUUCGACAGAGGCAACGGAAAUGAUUCUGAACAAUCUUUUCUACAUCACAGCCAAGUUCUCGGAUGCUCAUCCCCGGGACAUCGAAGAGUUGUGGGGCACACUCUGUCAGUUUUGGCCCAAUAACCUGAAGGUUAUCCUGCGCUACUUGGUUAUCAUGAGUGGCAUGGCUCCCACUGAACUGCUGCCCUAUGCCAAGCGGGUGGCUCUUUAUCUGGUAAGGAGCUGUCCGGAUCGAUUACUAGAUGAGCUCAUGGCUGAACUCCAGACUGUGGAGACGCUCAAUUGUCUGAUUGAGCGCACGGAAACGCCACCUUUUUAUCGAUUGACCAGCAUGCGGAAGGCGUCCAGUCACAGUGCCGAUGGGCAAGCUGUGGGUGGCAUUAAUGACUCCAGGAUUCAGGACCUGGCUGUCGAAAAGGGAACCAUUCACACGAAGCGGCAUAGCGGCGAGGAUCCUAUUAAAAUUGGAACCUGCAAAUCGGACAGCGGUAUUCGAGCCUAUACCCAAGCAGCAGCUGCUGCUGCCGCGGCUGCAGUUACUCCAGGAUCGGGUGGCAAUCGUCCUCCUCGUGGAGCCGAUAAGAUUCGGGCCGCCUCAGGACCUUCCGUACUGCCACGUCCAGAGGAUAUACUGAUCAACGACCCGGAGCUAAGGCAGGAGGAAAAUGUUGAGCUACGCGGAACAUCGGAUGGUCUGCCGAAUGCCCAUCCGCAUCCACUGCCAAUGCCUGAGUAUGGAGGCUACUUUGCACCACUGACUGAGUUUUUACCCGAUGUUAGUUUGCCGAUCAGCGGAUUCCACAGAUGCAAUGUGGCCGUGAUGCUCCUUACGGACAUUGUAGUAGACGGCAUUCCGGGCAUCGACUGGACCCUGCACUUACCACUGAUGCUGCACAUCCUAUUCCUUGGACUGGAUCACACACGCAUCAUUGUGCGGGAACAUUGCAAACAGCUGUGCGUCAAUCUGCUGAUUGUGCUGGCGGAACACAACGACCACCUAACGGUUGCCCGAAUCCUGCUGAACAGCGAGACCAGCAAGCUGGAUCUAGGACUAACAGUUCCUGCUCUGCCCGUAAUCGAUAAUAAUUUUACUGAGCUGCAUCAGCAAUUUGAUAGUUAUCUACUGCACGUCAGUCCCCAGGCAGCCGCCUAUGCUCUGCAGCACAACCUCUCCAGUUCCACGAUCAUAGCGGCGCAUCAGCAGAAUUUGUCACAAACGCCGCAAAAUCAGCAACAAGCGGGGUCCCAGACAGGACAGAAUACGACGCCCCCUGGCUUGACAGCAACUCCGGCUGCCCUGCAAAUAAAUCCAAAUAACUCGGAGAAUUCUGAGGUGCCGCUCAUCCACCCUGAUGAGCAUGCGCCUCCUCAGCCAGGUCCUAGUAUGCCCAUUGCCCAUGUGAUCAAGAGCUUGUUGAAGUUCCUCGCCCAGGAUACGUGCCAGCCACUUUGGAACUAUGAGGAUAUUACGGCCAAGGUGUGGGCCGUUAAAUCGGCCGAGCAACUUAGUUGCUUUCUGAAGCACAUGGUCAAGGUUUUCGCAGACAGUUAUCCCCAAGCUCGCAUAGCCGAGCGUUGGGCACAAACGGCUCUUCAGUUAGGAUUAUCCUGCUCAUCCCGACAUUAUGCAGGCCGCUGUCUGCAGAUCUUCCGAGCCUUGAAUGUUCCCAUCAAUUCUAGGAUGCUAUCAGAUAUACUCUCCAGAUUGGUGGAAACAGUAGCCGAGCAGGGUGAGGACAUGCAGGGAUAUGUCACGGAACUGCUGCUUACUUUAGAAGCUGCUGUGGAUAGCUUGGACUCGGACUUCCGACCCCUAGAUGUGAUGAAGGAUAUAUUCAAGAGUACGCCGAAUCUGAAUAACAAGGAUGGGGGACCCAACUCAAUAUUGCCUGGCAAGAAAUCACCUUCGGGAAUGACCCCACAAUCCUCAAACUAUUCUAUACCCAGUCAUGGGAGAAGCACGAGCUACUCGGUGUCUUACUGUGGCCGCAAGGCCAACAAUUCACCUUGUGACAAGCAGGUUGAGCUGAGAAACCGAUCCUCGGGAAUCGAUCUGGAGCGAAGUGCCGUCUCUAAGUUCGGUGUCGGCGGUGGUGGAGUGGGAGCUGGAUCAGCGCUUUCCCGUUCCCGAAGCGCCCAAAGCCUAAAGAUGCUGGGUGAUACAGCUACGCAGGAUGACAAGAUGACUAUACUGGCGCAACUCUUCUGGCUUUCCGUUUCUCUGCUGGAAUCGGACUAUGAACAUGAAUUUAUGCUGGCCCUGCGACUGCUGACGAGGGUUUUGCACCGUCUGCCUCUAGAUCGACCAGAUGCACGGGACAAGGUGGAGAAGUUGCAGCAGCAGCUGAAGUGGACAGCCUAUCCGGGAGUGCAUGCCCUCCUCCUGAAGGGCUGCACCCACAGUGCCACAUAUGAACCAACUAUAACCCUGCUUUCCCAGUUUGCACCUCUGCUGACUCUGCCUGUUUGUGAUCCCACCCAGAGCUGCGCCUUUCCCAUGAAUGUCAUCGCUCUGUUGCCUUACAUGUUAUUGCACUACGAGGAUGCCAACGAGAUCUGCAUUCGCAGUGCAGAAAACAUUGCUCAGGUUUCUACGGAACUGGGUGCCAAGUUAGAAAACUUGGGCACAGUAAUGACACUCUAUAGUCGAAAGACCUUCUGCAAGGAGUCAUUCCAGUGGACCAAGUGUGUGGUCAAAUAUCUCCAUGACACCUAUGCUCACAUGGGACUCCAUAUGGUGGCGUUCCUCAUCGAGGUUCUGGAGAAGGGACCGCAGCAGGUGCAGGUGCCUGUGUUGAAUGUGAUUCACUGCAUGCUGCACUACGUGGAUUUGUCAGCUCCGCAGGCUCAAACUAUCAACGCGGACUUGUUGAGGGCCAUUGGGAAGUACUUGGAUACUGUGAACUGGAAGGACUCGCUAAAGAUCCUAAAGCUGAUCGUAACCCGGAGCUCGUCCCUGCAAGUGGUACCACCCAGCGACGGCAGCAGCGCCGGCUUAUCGUUCUCUUUCUAUGGUGCAUAUCCGGAUUCGGAUAUGUUCUGUAAAAAGGAACUGGCCGGACGCACUAUGGAGUUUACCUUUGACGUUUCCCAAACGCCUCUGAUCGGUCGUCGAAUUCUUUUAAAGACAGAGGAACCGGUGGCUACCGGUCCCGCCUCUACCACGGGCAGCUCAUCAUUAAACUCCACACUAACGAAUGCCACCACAGUGACGGUGGCAGCCAGUGCUGUGCAACAGCAAACUAAUGCUCAGCUGCAACAGCAGCGUGCCCACAGCAAUGUGGCGGCCAAGGCAGCCGCAGCAGCUGCCCAACAUCAACAGCAGCAACAUGCCAUUGGAACAGGCAGUAGCGUGGUCGGAACACCAAACUCGCCGCGUCGGAGUGCCAGUCUCUCGCCGGCGGAUACGGUGCCAUUGAGUGGGUGGAAACGACCCUGGAUGUCGCAGUGUCGUGUGCGUGAGUGCUUGGUUAAUCUGCUGACCACCUGCGGACAGCGUGUUGGCCUGCCCAAAUCUCCAUCGGACGAUUUCAUAAACUCAAUUUGCUCAAAGGUGAUCUUCAGUCAGUCCUCGGAUCUGAUGGAGCGCCAAUCCUCGGCCGCUUCUUCUACAGAAGAGACCUCGGGUCCUCAGGGCGACCUGAGCAGCGGUUCGAGACGCGACGAUGGCCAGCCCGAUUUCACCGUUUUCAAGGACUUCGAUUUCCUGGAGUACGAGGACAGUAUUGCCGGUGAAUCAACAGACAACUUUAAUUGGGGUGUUCGUCGUCAUCAGCUCUUCGAGGGCGAUGAAGACCGUUUGAAUUGUGGCAGUGGCAUUGGUGGCUCCAUCAAGGGAGGUCACUCAUCAGCCUUGGAGGACAGCUUCAGUGAUAAGACUCCAAUUUUGAGCAAGAGAAAGCGGCAGAUUGCAGACGAUUCAUCUGAUGAGGAGGCUGAAUCUGAGUCGCCUUUGGAUGAGGAUCAUCGUCAGUCGUUCUUGAAGUCUGGCUAUAGUGCAGUGCCUCCAACUUCCUUAAGUCUUCGGGAGCGUAGGCGUCGGAACUCAGUUUCGCGAAGCGAUACAAGUGGUUCCAGUGCUGGAGAUUUGGGUGACCUAACACCCUGCAAUGCCUCGCCACAUCUGCCCGGCAUCAUUCGAUUUGCCGCAAUUCGUGAUGAGGCAGAGGAAAAUUGGCGUCGUCAGUUGCAGGCCAUGUUAGUUAAUCAGCCCUCUGCCCACACCUCGGAGCUGCUACAGCAGCUUUACAGGCUAAUCAAGGAGCUGACCUUUAAAACUAUCAACAUUUCCAAGGAGGCGAAGAAAUUCUUCACCGGCAUUGGAUCACAGCUGGGUAAUAGGAUCUCCCUUUUCACAGAUCUACUGAGUUCUCGGGCGGACCCUCCCCAGGUUUGGUGCAGCGAGCUGCAAGCAACCACUCCCAAGCUCUUUGAAACGCUACGUUUCAAUGUACUGGAAGUACAGGAACAUCUGGAGACUUUCUUCGAUCGCAAGGAUCAGGUUUUAGAGUGCUUGGAUGCAGUGAAAACCAGUUGUAAACUGUCGCUUUUUAACGAGGCGGAUGUGGCUGCUUCUGGCCUUGAGUUACCAAGCUCUUCCAGCAUUGCCUACAUGCCUUUCGAUCCAGCCUCCACCGAGGUUGUCCUAGACUUGGGACGCUCUCUUUACAAGCUGAUGUUCCAACUUUUACUUCUUAUCGAAUCGAAUCACAAGAUAUCCUCGAAUGUGGUAAAUCAUUUCCGUAUCAACGAAGACAUGCAUGACAUAUCCGAUCUCUAUGCCCUUGUUCGCGAUGCCCUUGUGAGGUACACCAGUGAAGCCGAACUUGAUUGCCUGGAAUCCUCCACAUCAACAGAGGGCGAGCAUACUCCCACACCUUCUCCGGGAUUGCCGAUGACCCACGAGGAGUUUGAGGCUGGCCUGGCCGAGCACAUCGAUCUACAACGCUGGCCAAGCGCUAUAGCUCAUGUGCGUCAGUACCGACGGAUUUCGACGCUUAACGCCAGCGGCGAUCAAAACCUGACCAUAUUUAGCUAUAGCAGCCUUGACAGCCGCCAGAAGUGCGAUGAGAUGUCCGUGAUACUAAAUGCAUAUGCUCAUGGUAUAAUGAAGGAUCGCACAGCAGAAGCCUUCAUAGUAUCCAAAUCAGACUCGGAGCUAUUCGAGAUUUAUGCCAUUCUCUCGGAGAACUUGUAUCACGUAUCCAGCGCAUUGACUAACAUGGAAAUCAGCAUGAAGAGCUACACGGCAGGCAGUGCAUCGGGCAAUUUGCAUCGCAGCGAACAGGACAUUGUGACAAAUCUUUAAAGUAACCGAUAGACUAAGUUAUUCACAGCAGAUAUAAGAUCCAUUUUUAUAUGUAAUCUUUUUGAGUGUAAGCUGCAUACUAGGCACUACGGUCUACGUAAGCGAUCAUUAUUCAUGUGCGAACAAAUGUGAGUUAGGUACGAUCCAAUAUAUUUAUCAAUUACAGCACAAUAA